AUGCAUUCAUCUCGACCAUCGAACGAUGAUGCUAGUGUAAAAGCUGAUGGCGAAGCGAGCGCUGAAACGACGACCUCGCAAGAAGUUCUGGAGACUUCGGGCAGUUAUUCUACGGAUCUCACGCAAGCUUUUGCUAGCGUCUCUCGGAAGGCGAAGAGCGGGGUACAAACGUGCCACGCUGUAUCAGCUUUUGUUUCAGAGCGUGCUAGAGUGGAGAGUGAUUAUGCACAAGCUCUGCUGAAACUGACACAAAACGCUAAGGCGGAAGAUUGGUCGGAGCAGUUUACGCGAUGCUGGGAUACGUUUUGCACAGCGAUUGAGCACGUGGCUCAAGUGCGAUGUGAAUUUGCGUCGACAUUGCAGACGGUGAUUGUGCCGGAGACAGAAGCUUUUACCGUGAAGCAAGAACGUCAGGUGCAGAAGAUGAUUGCAGAGGGGGUCAGCGUUCGUCGUGAUCAGAAGCAAAUGACUGCUUUGAUCGACAAAGCAAGGAAAAAGUACAAGCGCAAGUGCCAAGGAGCAAUUGAACUCAUUGCGAUGAUGCGAAGAAGCGACAGCGUGUCACCAGCACAUGCCCACUCUCCGUUAUUGUGUCAGUUAUCGUCGGAAGAAGUGUCAGCUUCAAAAGAACUAACUGAAAAACUUGCAUCGGGUGCUGGUCACUUGCUGACGAAGAUGUGGGAUACUACAUCUGCGUUCGGGCGCAAUUCAUUGGAGCGACAACGCGCAAAGUUAUAUGUGUGUCUUGAAGAGGUCAUUUCAUCAGAAAAGCUUUAUCUCCAGGCAGUAGAAAUCGCAAAUGCACAACGUUUGGAUAUCGAGCGGAGGACCAAAGAGAAUUUGCGCGCUUUCCAGCUGACCGAAGAACAGCGUCUCGAGUUUCUUCGCGACAUAUCGAUGCGAAUGCAACAAGCCUUUGUCGACAUCUUCCCACAGUCUCAGCAGUUCGUCGAGCAUAUGAAAAUGAGCAUCAAUCAGGUUGAUGAACUGGCUGAAAUUGAGAAAUGCUUUGAAAGCCUAGAAAGCCAAGAGGACGCGGACAUUGAUCAAGAAGACUUGUCGAUCAAUCCUUUCUACCUUCGCAUAACGCAUAUUCAGGCGAUGUCGGACGAUGGUCAGCGCAUGGUCCGAACGAUCAAAUCCGUCUUAGCAGGGCUCAUUGCUGGUGAAACUCACUUUUUGCAGUCGCUACACAAAUUGCUUCGUACGCAUGAGACCAGUGGUCGUUCUCCGGCUUCCAAUCAUUUUGUUACAUCAUCAAUCAGCACGAAAACGAGUUCCGUAAAUGAUGAAGGUGCAACAAUGGCGAAUGGAUGGAUGGCGUUGAAAGAUCAAGUGAAGCUUCUUAUGGAAGUUCACCAGGAAUUCGAAUCAUUACUCAUCGAGCCUGUAUCACUUAGUCUUGAUACCAUGGAGAGCGAGAUUGAAACCACAUGCAUAUCAGCCCAAAAAGACUUUUUAGAAUUGCACACGACACUCUGCAACGAGACAGUUGUACGCGAAAGGCUUCAGCAGAAGCUUGACAAGAGAUCCCGGGACUUUGUCACCGCCAAUUCGAACUUGCCCGGAUCAGCCAUUGCGAACAUCAAUGUUGACAACAUUGACGUUACUCAAGCUCUGAAAGCGCUGAACGGAAAUGGUCAUUUUCUCGAAGAGAAAGAGCGGCGAUCUGAUGUGAAGCUCCAGCAGCUUGCGAGCGAAAUACGUCAAUCGCAGGCCUUGGUUCUUGAAAGCAGUGACUCUUUACGAGUGACGUACCAGACCUACGCCCAGGAAAUUGCGGCGUUGAUUUCGGUGUACAAAAAAAACGAACAAUAUCGUCUCCAGGUUGCCAAGAACUCGCUACAGUCGCUGGCCAAAGCAAUUGAGCAUAUGCUUUGCGGCGGCUUAUCAGUCGGAAAGAAGGCUAUGGCCGUUUUUGAGAGAAUUGAUUCGAGCGAAGAUGCAGCCAUUUUUAUUCGGACCAACCGACAACUGUACGAAAGCAGCAAACAAAUUGUGGCGACGCACCACGGUAACGAGAGCUUGAACGAUGUCAUGCAAAAAUAUCUCGCAUCGCGCGGAGGAUCAGCAGCAGAGGCGUUGUAUAAUGCGGAUGUAAUACCUUUCAUCCCUUCGGACGGCACGUAUGUACCGAUUUCGAUCAGUGGUGCUCCACCUUUACCCAAGAAGAUACCGGUGCUAGCGAGUACAUUACUGGCAGAAGAUGAUCAAGCUCUGUUGGCAACGGGCUAUGUAGGAGGCAACACAAUGGCUGAUGCGGGUGAAAGUGUUUGCACUGAGGAAAAGCGAGAUGAAGUGUUUACUGAAGUGCAGCCUCUGGAGGUGUCCGACUUUCAAAAGAAGUUCAAGCUGGAUGAGCCUGAAGAAGUUGUCGGGAGCUAUUCGUGUGCUUUAUUUCUCUCCAACUUUCCAUUCCACGGUCGCCUCUAUUUGACGAGAAACCGGAUGUGCUUUUCAGGAUGGAUCGAUACAAUAUUUGUCGCGUCAUUUUCCGACAUUACAUUGAUGGAAAAGAAGAACACAGCACUGAUCGUUCCCAACGCAAUCGAGUUCACCGUAAAAGAAGAGAAAGUCUUCUUCGCGUCGUUUGUCUACCGUGAUGAAUGUUUCCAAAGCAUAUUGGAAAUACGAUCCAUUCCGAAAGAGACUGAAGUGCUCAUACCAGACCCAGCACAGCUACAAGAAAUGAAGUCACAACGUGUCGACGAUGAGUCUGAGACUGGCAAUGAUGCAAGACGGCGAAUGGGUUCCGAUGAAGUGGCUGCUGUUGCUGCUGCCGCAGGUUCUAGACGUACCUCCAUCGACACCGCUGACGCAGUGCGCACUGAAGAGCGCAGCGAUCUGCCAUCAUUUUCAUUCGAUUCCUUGGCACCAAACGCUGUGUUUGUCCCGGGAAUAGAUGCUUUUCUUGACGAGUACGAUGUGCUAUUGGACGAGCAAGUUGCGUUCAGUGUCGACACAGCCUUCUCGAUAUUAUGGAUCGAGUCCGACACCUUCUUUCGCAACCUUCUCGAUGCUGCUGGUUCAACGAGCGUAUCAUUGUCGCCUUGGAAAAAAGAAGCUCUUUCGUACACAGCUGUCAGCAAGCCGGACACGUUUCAGGCCUCUCGGCUGGUGUCGUACACGCACAACAAAAAGUACAUGGUCGGACCCAGCGUCAUACCGACGUCUCAAACUCAGCGCUAUGCGUACACACUCGGCACUCGCCUCAUCGUGAGCACAACAACGAGUAUUUCCGAUGUACCAUACUGCGACCAUUUCCGCAUUGAGCACCGAUGGGUUUUUAGUGCCACGAAAAAGAAGGGCACGAGCUUGGCACAGGUGGGACUUCGUGUGCGUUGGUUGAAGAAUACGUGGCUAAAGAAGCAGAUUGAAAGCACCACUGUCUCCGAAUCGAAGGAGGCCUUGAAAUUAUGGUUCAGUGCCGCUCUUGAUGCAACCAAAGCGCUGGAUGCGACUGAAAGCCGAGCUGUUUCUCCGAAUCUUGCGAGCACAAACUCAUCGAGGCCCGUCGGAAGACCAAACGAGAGUUUGUCAAAGUCGCCAUCUCAGCAUAGCGCUGUCUGUACGGAUUUAUCUGCAGCUGCGCUGGUACAUGCCGGGUCUACGUCGAUUCGUGGUGCAUUAACUCCACUCCAUUCAACGCUCCAGAUAGUCAUUAUUCUGUGUGCUGUCGUCUUCGCUUACUCGAUGUAUCGAAUGUGUGCUGCGGUGGACCAGAUGCAAGUAUUGACACGAGAAUCGCUGAUACAGCAGCGCCAACAGCAUGAGCUGCUGAAAAAGCUUUUGGAAAAGCUUGAAAGCAGAUAUCCAUAA